UAUUUACUUCUACAAGAGAUAUAAUCAUUUCGACAUUUAGCUGAAUGGUGUUUCCAAAAUGUCAGCUUCAAAACCGUUUAUUCUACCAACAUCCAAACCAGGGAGCAUUGCGUCCCGGAUUAAAGAUCUACAAGGUGGGGAUAGUGACUCUAGAGAUUUAAUUCGUCAGUAUAAACCAACUUACAAGGACUUCACUCCCUCCAAUAGCUACAGGGACAGGGACUCCAUCUUCUCGAAGAACUCCUUCAACUCCUCGAACCAGAGAUACAGGGAGAGCUCUGUGCCCAAAAUCAGGGAAUCCUUUAUGUCCAGCAGAAUUGAAAGAGACCUCGUUGGGAAAGAGUCUAACAGUGCUGAGAAAAGUCGAAGUUUGGACUCAAACUCCAGUGGAGUUUACAGUAAUAGAUCUUUCCCUCAAGGAUCCACCCAGACCUCACCUUCCUCCUCCACACCUUUGUCAUCUACUCCAUCUUCAAGCAGGAGUACUCCACCACCUUCUACUGAUACAACCUCCUCCUUCAGGUGGUCAGAUAGGAUGAAGUCCUCUCCUCCCUUCAAUAGAAGAACUUCAGCAGAACCUAAGAAGAUUUCUGCAUUAACACUCAGGUUAGUGUCUAGUGUCUAG